AUGGUGCAGGGGUCCACUUCCGGUGAAAAACAUUGUCCCUUCUCUACUGUGUUCCGUGAAAUGAUACUCUCCUACAUUAUGCAGCCAUGUUGUAUAAUCUUAGCCAUUACACCUGCAAAUUUAGAUUUGGCAAACUCAGAUGCACUUCAAAUGGAUGGGAUUGUUGAUCCUGAUGUUUUGAAACUUUAUGGAUCAUGGAUCUGUCAGCAGCUGCCACAAAAUAAUUUCUCGGUGGAGGGUAUUUCACGUGCGGGUCUGCUUUAUUCUUUGUCUUGUACUGUUGUCCCACAAUUUGUCAUCAUAGAAGAAGACCCUGCUGUCCCACAAGGUUUCUUGCAGAAACUUUGGAUGUUGUUCAAGACAUUGAUUGGGUCAUUUCUCUUGGAAAUGCUUUUGCAAAGCAGUAUGAGCUUUAUACAUAUGAUGAUGAGCAUUCUGCACUACUUCAUAGGCUUAUUUUGGUGCUGGAUUAAGUGGAGUUCUGGCUUGGUGUGUGCGAGUGGGAAGGAACCAACCCAAUGCCCCCGGAGUUCUGGCACCUUCCAUCUUUACUUCCUAUGUAUCCAGGGUCUUGUUCAAUGCUUUAGCUGUGUUUGCUCUAAGGGAGAUCAACUUAUCAAAAGUAACCUUCUCAACAACAACAAUCUACUUAAGCAGGUGAGUAAUCAAGAUUAAGGGAGACUCAUAAUCAUGUUUGACAUUCCUUUCCAGUAAGAAACAGAGUUGUAUGAUUAUUUGUUAGUUUUAUAUGAAUGUAUAACCCAUGUUAGCAAUGUAUUAUUUUUGUUUA